AUGUACUGGAGAGCGUCUUACCAGAAAGCAGAGGCGGAACGCUUGAGGCUCCUCAACGAGUUGACUCAGUUGAAGCAAGAACGAGAUCUGCCACUUCAGCCCCUUCAGGAGGCUCAGCGUUUCAGAGUACAGACCACAAGCAGCAAACGCAGGCGGGAUACAUCAGCGAAUGAAACGAACAACAAGACCGGGAGUUAUCACGACCUCGACCCCGAUCUCGAUGACGACGACAUCAAUCUGGACUUCAGCCAUCUCAAGACGCCGAGUACUGGGCGUCAAGCAUUUCUCCGCGGGUUCACCUCCCUGCGUCGCAGCCUCCUCCUUGAGAAGCCGGAUCAAGAGAUACUAGUGACAGCCAUCCAGGUGACUAGCAAGUCGAUAUCAAGGAUACUCUUGGAGGACAUACAAGCAACUGUAAGGACGGGCGCUGGGCAGAAGAACCAGUACGUCAAGGAGAUCUGUACCGCUUUCAAAACGGUCUAUCCCACAUUACUGAGAGGACUGGAACGCACACAACCGCAGGCACCUGAUGAGGGUGACCAGUGUGUUCGGGGUCUCUCAGAUGUGGUCAAGGUAUUUCAGUCCUUCUUAGGACGACUCCACAAAUUCGCCCUAGAUGAACAUGCGCGACGAGAGCUGGAAAGAACGUCAAAGAGAAACGGGAAGGGAUCUGAUUCCAGAUCAGAAGAGAGCCAGGAGAGAUCAGACCAACCACAUUUACCCAAAAGCCCGGAGGAUCUCGCGGAAGCCAAAGAGCUAGUUCGAGUGAUGGUGAGAAUGAUGACAGCCCUCGAUACCACCAAGGGCGCUCAUUGCCAACUCUUGAAAGGAUGCCUGUGCGCUAUCCUUGAUCACAGCGGCGCCACCUUGUCCCUCCUUGUGUUCGCGGACUCAGACAAAUCAGACAAGAACCGCAAGACGUUCCUCCCACUUACCGGAUUCUUGGACACUUUAGAGUUCAACGCUCAAUCUGCGAUUGGCGCCGCCGGUGUCGAAGGACCCUUUAUCAUCUUUAUUCUGCGCAAAGGGAUAGAAUUUCUGCUUGCCAACGCGAAAUGUAUGCCUGAGAAGUCACUGCUCAACUUUACUUUGCUACCGUCUCAGGGGAAUGAUACUGGAGGUGACGGCGACCUCCGUAGAAAGAUCGAAGAGACACUCCAGAACACCCUCCUGCGAGGAGUGUUCGGUGACGAUGACGAGACCUUUUCCAACUCCCUCCAGCGCGACGAGGAAGAAGAGCAGGAAGCAGAUUUAACAAAAAUGGUGGAGGUUAUCAAGCAGAGGGAGGAUUCUGCGGAGUGGUUCAUUGGUGAACUAUGGGAGCAUUUGGGCUGGAAUAUCCUAUCUGGAAGAAGAGACAUUUGA